UGUGUCAUUUUGGCGGAGAACGGCACAUACGAGUAUACGACGGCCAACCUGUAAAAAUACCCACCUACCCUUCCAUGCUCACCAACCCCGUCCCUCAGCGUUCACAGAAAAUAUCCAAUACUUUUUUUUAAAAAUAUAUAGUCUUCCAUAUUCCAAAUUAUUCUCUACUUUUCUGCUCUAAUUUUAAGCUUAUUCUCAACUUUUGGCUCAAAGCUUCUGAAUCAAUGGCGUCGUCUCUCUCCUCCAAACAAUUCUUGGGUUCUGCAACUUCCAAUGCUUCAUCCACGCUCGGAUCUGCGCAUUCUGGCUUCCGCAAGCUAUCGUCUCCUCCUGCUCAAAUCUCAUUCCGCCGAACACCUCGGAAAUCUGAAAUUCAAGCUGCAGGAAGUACAUAUGGAAAUUAUUUCCGUGUUACGACAUACGGAGAAUCACAUGGUGGUGGCGUUGGUUGUGUGGUUGAUGGCGUCCCACCCAGACUUCCUUUAUCCGAAGAAGAUUUACAAUUAGAUCUUGAUAGAAGGAGGCCUGGCCAAAGCCGGAUUACUACCCCGAGGAAAGAGACGGAUACAUGCAAAAUUAUUUCAGGCGUUUCUGAAGGAUUGACUACUGGAUCACCAAUUGCAGUGAAUGUACCAAAUACUGAUCAAAGAGGAAAUGAUUACACCGAGAUGUCAAAAGCUUAUAGGCCUUCGCAUGCUGAUGCAACUUAUGAUUUCAAGUAUGGUGUUAGAUCCGUACAGGGUGGUGGAAGAUCUUCUGCUAGAGAAACUAUUGGAAGAGUUGCUGCUGGAGCCAUAGCUAAGAAGAUACUUAAGAAGUUCGCAGGAACUGAGGUCCUUGCUUAUGUAUCCCAAGUGCACAAGGUUGUUCUGCCGGAGGGAUUAGUUGAUAAUGAAACAUUGACUCUUGAACAGAUAGAGAGUAACAUUGUCAGAUGUCCUGAUCCAGAGUACGCAGAAAAAAUGAUUGCAGCUAUAGAUGCAGUUAGAGUGAAAGGAGAUUCCGUUGGUGGUGCUGUCACUUGUAUAGUUAGAAAUGCUCCACGUGGACUUGGUUCACCAGUUUUUGACAAACUCGAAGCUGAGUUGGCUAAAGCUGCUCUAUCAUUACCUGCAACAAAGGGUUUUGAGUUUGGCAGCGGCUUUGCAGGUACCUUUAUGACUGGUAGUGAACACAAUGAUGAGUUUUACAUGGAUGAACAAGGGAAGAUUAGGACAAAAACAAACCGUUCUGGUGGUGUACAGGGAGGAAUAUCUAAUGGUGAAACUAUUUACAUGAAAAUAGGCUUCAAGCCGACCUCUACAAUAGGAAAGAAACAGCAUACUGUUACAAGAAGUAAAGAGGAAACAGAUCUUAUUGCCCGAGGGCGGCAUGAUCCCUGUGUUGUCCCACGAGCCGUACCAAUGGUGGAAGCAAUGGUAGCGCUGGUGCUUGUUGAUCAAUUGAUGGCACAAUAUGCGCAAUGUCAGCUAUUCCCCAUCAAUCCCGACCUGCAGGAACCCAUGGAGUUACCAAAGCUAGAUGAAGCUAGUGUCUAAGUUUCGCCAUUGCCAGUUUUGUGUGUAAUCCUGUACAUUAGGAUUCCUUUAUGCUAUUUGUAUCUUAUAUUACAGCGCAGUUUCAUUUGUAUCUUAUUUGAACUUGUACUUUUUUCAUGCAAUUCUUUUAAAAUUUUGUUCCACAAUGGAACAAAUUGGAUUCAAUAAAGCUCUUCAGUUGAUCAUAAUACUUACUAUGUAAUUAUUUAUGUAUCAUAUUAUCAUGUGUGUAAUGUACUUGUACUUCCUA